ACUAUUUAAAAUGCUGCUGGUAUAACAAUUUAGUUAGAUUCUGUGCUGGAGUUCGGUUAACUGAGGUGUUUGUGGAUAUAUUUGCGCGUCUGUUUGAAGACAUGGACUUUUUUGACCACAUCAUUUUGGACGAUAACAGCUCAGACACCGGGUCUGGAGACUUUGACAUCCUCGACGGAUUUUGUGACAUCGCAGAGAGCAAUGAAUUCCAGAGAAUCUUCCUCCCCACUGUAUACGGGAUUAUUUUUGUCCUGGGAAUUGUUGGCAACGGACUCGUGGUGCUGGUGAUGGGCUACCAGAAGAAGUCUAAGAACAUGACUGACAAAUACAGGCUUCACCUCUCCAUCGCUGACCUGUUGUUUGUCUUAACUCUGCCCUUCUGGGCUGUGGAUGCAGCCAGAGGGUGGCAUUUUGGGGGAUUUCUCUGCGUGACAGUCAACAUGAUCUACACUCUGAAUCUGUACAGCAGCGUGCUUAUCCUGGCCUUCAUCAGCCUGGAUAGGUAUCUUGCCGUUGUUCGUGCCACCAACAGCCAGGCGUUUAGGAAGCUGCUGUCAGAGAGAGUGAUCUAUCUUGGAGUUUGGCUACCUGCGACCCUGCUCACUGUGCCUGAUCUUGUGUUUGCCAAAGUCCGCACCGCUGGCGAAAAUACGAUCUGCGAGCUCUCCUACCCGCAGCAGUCGAACGUGGUGUGGAAGGCCGCUUUCCGUUUCCAGCACAUCAUUGUUGGCUUUUUGUUGCCGGGCCUGAUCAUCAUGACCUGCUACUGUAUCAUCAUCUCCAAACUGUCCAAAAACUCAAAGGGUCAGGCUCUGAAGAAGAAAGCAUUAAAGACAACCGUAAUUCUGAUCCUUUGCUUCUUCACCUGCUGGUUGCCCUACUGUGCCGGCAUCCUGGUGGACACUCUGAUGAUGCUGAACGUCAUAUCUCCCAGCUGUUUCCUGGAACAGAGUCUGGAGAAAUGGAUCUUCAUUACUGAGGCGCUUGCUUACUUCCACUGCUGUCUGAACCCCAUCCUCUAUGCUUUCUUGGGAGUCAAGUUCAGUAAAUCUGCCCGUAACGCUCUGAGCAUCAGCAGUAAAUCGGGUCACAAGAUGUUGACUAAGAAAAGAGGACAGAUCUCUUCUAUAUCGACUGAAUCAGAGUCAUCGAGUGUACUCUCUAGUUAAUGGACACUUUGUAUAUAAAACUUUUUUUACGUGGAUAACUAAGCUUUAAUUAAAAAAAAGACUUUACUACACUUUGUACAUUUGUGAACAAUUUGUUGCUGAUAAUUGUUAAGACAUUUUUUUUCAAGUACUUAAGUUAAUCUUUUUAAAUUCUAGUAGUACUUAACUUAGUACUUUUAAAUAUCUAUUACCGGACCUAAAGGCAGAGCCUUGAAAAAGUCUGUAUCCUUGCCUACCAGAGUUUUUUAUUAGCAAACGUUUGCAUAGUCUUUUGCUUUAAAAUGUGUAGUGUAAAUUAUUUGUACAUAGUUCCUUGUUUGCUGUUGUGUGUAUGCAUGCACUUAGCUUUUGCUGUUCUCUGAGAAGCUUUUUGAUAUUUAUUAAAAUUGUAGCUUACACUGUAUUUUUUUAAAUGUUUGUAAUUUAAGCAUGCCAGAGUUGUUGCUUUUUUACUUGUUUCAUAAUUAAAAUUUUAAAUCACCA